AUGGAGACUUCAUUGCUCAGUUCCCUGCCGGCUGAGAUCCGCAAUUCAAUAUACGCAUACGCACUAUUCGAGCCGAAUGGAGUGUAUAUCAACUCUGAGCCAGCAUUACUGGCAACCUGCAAACAGAUUCGGGGUGAAGCUUCCCUCAUGUACUGGGCCGUAAACCAGUUCCACGCAAAUAUUCGAGAGCAAUCUAGCAACCGCAGCUUUUGUCGAUGGCUCAAGAAGGCGGACCCACGACUCUGCCUGAUCGAGAGCCUUGUGAUCCAUAUUGAUAUGCCGUCUAUCGGACCCGAAGCGGUGCCUGAUGAUGGGCCUAGCGAAAAGUCCCCCUGCGGAUUUGUCAAUCUGAUGCACAUCGUAGAUAUGCUCCGCCAGGCAAAUUGGCGCCGCCCUCAUAUCGAAAACGUGAUCAGCUUCAGGCUCAAUGGUGCAUGUGAUUCAGAGACUUUUGAAAGCAUCGACGCGAUGUCAGAGGACCUGCAAGACCAUUUCCGAGGAUCCAAGUUCUUCCUCCUAUGCCUGGUCCAUGGCUCAUACGAGACUGCGCUGGCGUUGGAGAGUGUCGAUUACUGUGAUACUCUCGGAGAGAAGGACGAUCAGAUACAGAAGGGACGCUCGGCUCACGCGAGGUCAAGGUUGUUGUCGGCGAGCAUUUCGUGA